UGUCAAAUUUAUGAAACUUGAAAAUAUUAUCUGUGAAUUGGAAAAAAUUACAACCGUUUUCAGUUUUUGUGCGAGAGUUUUUAACUUUUCUAUAAAAUUUACUAAACUAGAAAAAAAUGGCGGACGUGAAUGCCCACCGCAUGAUGACGUGUCCGUACAACAUGGCGCACCAGGUGGAGGCGUACCGCAUGCAGUACCACCUCGAGAAGUGCCGGAAGCAGUACCCUAAUAGCAAGAAAGUCAGCUGUCCGUUUGACGCUACUCACAUUUUGGCUGAUGCUGAGUUGGAUUACCACGUGAGCGUCUGCCCGCAACGCGAGAUGUUCGACCGAGCUCGCUUCGCCGUUGACGACUGCGCGGAGUACCGGCCGAGCGUCGAGCAUCCGACCGUGCAUGUGGCCACGGAGGAGAACUGGGACGAUGAGGUCUGCACCUCCUACGUGCCGCAGCCCAAGGAGGGGCACAUCAUCAAGAAGAUCAAGGGCGCGACGCCGGCGGAGAGAAGGAAGGCGCGGAUGGAGGGAGUCAAGAACUACCGGCCGCCGCCGCCGCCGCAGGACUAGACUCUUCUUCUUCUUCUUUAUGCCUAGUUUCACCAUAGUCUGUUAGAUCCAUAUCACCCAUGUUACAUUGUUAUGUCGUCAAUUAUACGUCAUCUCCACAUUAAUAAUAAUAAGAAUAAUAUUUAUUCAGAAAACUAUAGGUAGUAUUUUAAAAAUAGGUCAAAUCUUAAUGCU